UUGGGUGAUCUCAUAAGCCAUAAGAAAGGAAACCUAACUUUCCCAUGCUACUCCAAUUCCAUUUCCUCGCCCCAUAUGACGUCUUCACAGCAACCCAUUCCGACGGCCAAUACUGUCAGCGGCUUGCCGGAUUCAACUCCGGCCGAUAAAAUCAGCAGCUUACCGGAUUCAACUCCGCCCGAUAAAAUCAGCAGCUUACCGGAUUCAACUCCGCCCGAUAAAAUCAGCAGCUUACCGGAUUCAACUCCGCCCGAUAAAAUCAGCAGCUUACCGGAUUCAACUCCGCCCGAUAAAAUCAGCAGCUUACCGGAUUCAACUCCGCCCGAUAAAAUCAGCAGCUUACCGGAUUCAACUCCGCCCGAUAAAAUCAGCAGCUUACCGGAUUCAACUCCGCCCGAUAAAAUCAGCAGCUUACCGGAUUCAACUCCGCCCGAUAAAAUCAGCAGCUUACCGGAUUCAACUCCGCCCGAUAAAAUCAGCAGCUUACCGGAUUCAACUCUGCCCGAUAGAAUCAGCGACUUGCCGGAUUCAACUCUGUGUCAUAUACUCUCUUUUCUGUCAACCAAACAAGCUGCAUCCACAAGUGUGCUCUCAAAGAGAUGGAAACCACUCUGGCUCUCAGUCUUAACCCUACAUUUCGACGACACAUCCUUCAAAUUUCCUGUUAACUUUCUCAGUGGAGUGUACUCGACAAUGCAGCAGCAAGACACCACACUACCAAUCCAUUCGUUUAGCUUCAUAUGUCGUCAACAUUCUCUUUGCAAACAAAAUGAUAUCAAUCAAUUUAUUGAGUUCGUCCUAGAAAGAGGAGUACAAAACUUCACACUCCACCUAAUGGUUCCAUUUUGGAAUCUAUCAACUGAAUUACCUCAAAGCAUUGUCAAUUGUGAGACACUAGAGGUUCUUAAGUUGAAGGGCAUCAAGGUUGGAUAUUUUUCUCAUCUGCAGGAUUUACAUUUACCCAAACUUAAGACUCUCCAUUUGAAUCACAUCUUUUGUAAAUGUAAUCAACUAUUGUAUAGUCUUUUAUUAGGAUGCCCACUCAAUAUACCCUCAUCUUACGUCAAUCUUGUCUUCUUCCACACUACUCCCAUGUUUCAAAGAUUGACUCACUUGGAGCUUAGCUUUGAAGCUAUCGGUUGGUAUGAUAGGUGCAUGUGGUUGCUAGAAAUACUCAAACAUUCUCCCAAACUUCAAAGUCUUAUCAUUCAGGAUACUAGAGUUAUGGAAUUGUGGGGUGACAAAUGUUGGGAGGAUCCAGAAAUUGUUCCAGAAUGUCUUUCUUCUAAUCUUAAAACUUGUUGCAUUAGUGGUUACGAAGGCAACAAAUGGGAUUUCAAAUUUGCAAAAUAUAUAAUAGAGAAUUCAAAAGUUCUCAACACUAUGACAAUUCACAGUGAACGUUCCUUUGGUAUAUAUGACAAGUAUCAAAUGUUAGGGGAAUUAUCUUCGUGUGCAAGGGGCUCUACAACAUGCAAACUUUUAUUUGAUUGACUUUCAAGGCUACGCCAUAUCCGCGGAAGAUCCUACAUAUGCAACAGUAGGAUGUGUGAUGGUUUGAAAGACUUGCACUGUUUCAUUUUGUCCUCUGUCAUAAAUGUUUUUCAAAUAUAUAUUAUCUUGUAUGUAAUUAGUAGAUUCUAGGUUCUCUUAACUCUGUUUUAAUUUUCUUAUUGGUCUUUGUUUUAAAGUUUGAGUUAUAUGAAUCUUUACCAGUGUUCUAACUGUUAUGAGUUUGUGUUUCUCAAGUUUUCCAAUAGUGUAUUUUCUGUCUCACAAACAAGGGCAUUCAUACUGGUUCUGAUCUUAUCAAUGUUUAUCAUUGUCAAGCUGUUGUUUUCUUUUAUCUUUUGUCAUUUGAGAAACUGGUUGGUUUUGUUCUUAUCCAUUUGACAAUACAUCAUCUUACAUAGCAGCUUAUUAGUUAAGAUUCACACAUACAUGCAAGCUAGAAGAUUUAGGAGAUGUGCAUAGUGCUCUCAUUAAUGUUGGUCGACAAUGACAAUAUUAGUCCAAGCUUCUGUUGCACGAAUUUAAUUUGCAUGACAGUAGGAAUUAUCUAUAGCCUAAGAUUUAUGUAGUAUAGGCACAACUUGCAUCAUCUCUUGGUACCUAUACAUCUUAGGGAGUGGCAUGUUAUUUUAUUGAUGACCAAAUUCAUUCAUCUUGGUAACAAAUGAUAUGAUGAAGAUUGGCAACUUAACUAAUUUACUAUGAAGACCCAACAUGUUGCAGCUGAAGUAAUUAGUACAAUAAAACUCAAGUUUUUGUAAUGCUUUCAUUAAAGACUUUAGAUAUUAGCCGACUAAUGGUCAUAUUGAAGCUGAAACUAGUUCGAUUCAUUACACUUUUUAUAAUCUCUGAUGGAAUUUCUUGACUGUCCUGUGUUUUUCUGCUAUGCACUUGUUCUGUUUUGAGUUUUAAUAUUGUUCAGCAUGUUAACAAUGUUGUCUUGGAAGGCUGAAGGUGAAGUAUACUGGUUUUUUUGGUACUCAAGUUCUCAAUGGUGGUCUAAUCUGUUAGUAUAUAUUGGAUUUUUUGGUUAUCCAUGAAUGCCUUGCUUUGGCUGGUGGUUGAAGUCUAGUUGGAGUCGUCGGCGCAGGGUGUUAAAAUUGGAAUUUAGUUUGCUUUGUUGGGUGUUACUGCAGGAUUGUUUAAUUGGGAAUUGUUACAGAGGAAUCACUUGCUGCAUUUUAUUGGAUAGAGGGUCUGGUCGGCUUUGCUUUUGUGCUUCUAUAAUUAUUUUUGCUGUAUAUUUCCUCGAUCUUGUGACAGGGUGAUUGGUGAGUGGGUGCUCUGUAUGUUGGUGUCGUUUUUGUUUUUGCAGAUUUUUCUUGCAAUUAUGAUCAAUCUCUGCCAAUGGGGCGAGCUUCUUGCUGUGGUAUUCGGUAUUUUGGUAUGAUGGAUGUCUUUAUUUAUAGUAUUUUCCUUUUUGAUAAGGUGAAGUAUUUUCACCUUUUUUUUUUUCCUAUUCGUAGCAUCAGAAUGAAGAAUUUGAUCAUCAAAAUAAAGUAGUAUUAUUCAUCAUUAAAACCUGUGGUGUACUCUCUCUAAAGUCCCUGCACACAUGUUAACAUCUACAUAACAUAAAAUGAGCCUUAUAAGGUUGACAUGAAAAUACACAUACGUUUGUCAAUAAAAAAACUGCUUAAAAUUUGACAGUUAACUUUUUUUUAUAUAUAAAAUUUUAAAAUAUCAACCAUACACCUGAAUUAAAUAUUUAUGACGAAUAUUAUUGAAGAAUAGUUACAUUACUCACUUACUAGAAUUUACUAGAAUUUUCAUGUAGUUAAAUAGGACAGUAAUUACACAAGUAAUACUCAAAACGAAAUUCAUUCAUGCAAGUCAAAUUUGUUAGAAUUUAUAACCACAAGAUUGGUAGAAUUUAGAACCACAAGAUUGGUGAAAAAAUAAUUAACUAAUUGAGUGUGAAGAUGGAGAGGAAGAGAGAGUAAUUGAAAAUGAAAAGUAUAGUAAUUUUCUAAUUUUUUUCUCACAAGAUACACCAAAGAUAUUUAUACAACA